AUGAAGUUUUUGUUGAUUAUUGUUUGUGCUUUUACUGCUUCGAAUUGUGCUAUAAGUCACCGUAUUAUUAAUGGAACUGAAGCAUUGCCAAAACCAUGGGUGGCACGAAUACAUUUUGAGCAUCAUGGUCAUCUUGAUUCCAAUUGUGGCGGCAGUUUGAUUCAUCCUGAAUGGAUCCUAACAGCUAAACAUUGUUUACUAGAGACAAAGACAAGAUUGUACAGUAAGAAAUUCUACGUAUACAUUGGUGAAAACGAACGCGAUUAUGGUCAACUGAUAAAAGUAAUUGAAUGGCAUUUUUAUUCAACAUACAAUCGAGGAGACAAUGAUGUUGCCCUCUUACGAUUAGAAAAAAUUCCAAAUAAAAUCAACCGUAUUCCGAUUCUUCUCCAAGAUAUGCCCUACAAAGGUCUAACUGCAAAAAUUUAUGGUUGGGGACGAACAGAUCCACAUAAUAGAACAUCAUCCCCAAAAAAGCUGAGAGAAGCUGAAGUAGAAAAUUUAUUUCCAUGUUAUGAUGAUAAAAUAUGUUUUCAUCCAACCGAAACAAAUGCUUGCCUGGGUGAUAGUGGUGGUCCAAUGACUGUAAAAUUAAAUGGAAUUGAAACACUGAUUGGUGUUUCUCAUGCUGUUUCAUCUAAUAAGCAUGAUAUACCUUGUUCUGGUUCGAUAACUUCUUAUACAAGUACAGCAUAUUAUGCUAACUGGAUUCAGACUAUUGUCUAUGAAAGUUUAGAAAUUGAGGAUUUUGAAUAUUAUUUGUGA